CUCUCUAUAUAUCCCCGUCUCCUCCCCUGUUUUCCCCCCGAUCGACGCCGAGAGCUCCUUUCUUCAAGCUCUCUCUCUCUCUCUCUCCCUCGCCCUCUCCUAACCCUCUUUCUCUUUUGCGCUCUAGGUUUUUCUUGCUCUGCUGGUUUCAGGAUUUUUCUGGACUCGGAACUCGAGCGACUCCGCAGAGUAGACUCCGAGCAAUUCUCGGGGGAGAUUCGGAGCUCUCACAGUUUUAGUUUCAUUUCCUCCGUAAGAUCCGGUACUUCUAAAUUCGCACUGGAAAUCUCAGGAAUCACUUCGCUGUUCCUCCGGUUUUCCUUCGCGCCGCUCGUGUUUUCGUCUCUUUUCGUGUGCUGUGGCCUUGGAAAAACUCGAGCGACUCCGCAGAGUAGACUCCGAGCAAUUCUCGGGGGAGAUUCGGGGCUCUCACAGUUGUUUUAGUUUCAUUUCCUCCGCAAGAUCCGGUACUUCUAAAUUCGCACUGGAAAUCUCAGGAAUCACUUCGCUGUUCCUCCGGUUUUCCUUCGCGCCGCUCGUGUUUUCGUCUCUUUCGUGUGCUGUGGCCUUGGAAAUUACUGGAUUUGAAGGAGAAACGGAGGUUCGAGGCGGGAAUCGUAGGGGAUCUGAUCAACGGAGCAGGUGAUAUUCAUCCAUUUGUUCCGUUUCGCGUUGAAAUUGAAAUAUUAGAGUGUUUUUCUGGGAGGUUGUGCGGAUCCUUUUUAGCGUGUUUUGAUUUCGCGCUCUGAGAACAGAGCGAGAUUUCAUAUUUCAUAUUUGUUGCGGAAGUCCUUAUCCAGGAGGAGAAAGGUAUUGCCUUUUUAAAUCCUUAUAUCCCAUUUCACACUUUCUCGAGUAUGUCGGUCGCGUCGGGUUCUGUUCUCCAGCUCCGAGCAAACUCGGGUCUGCAGAUCCGAAACGAUUCCGGGCGCCAGCUCCAAACCAGAUCGGGUCUUCUCUCCUCCCGGAACCGCCGGUUCAAUGUUGCUCCUCUGAGUCGCUUCAAUCACAAAAUCUCACGCUGCCCUGCUGCGAGCAGGUUCGAUGUUGUUGAGAAGCGGUUCUUGGGAACCAAGCUCCGGACGCACGGAUCUGAAAGGCUCCAUUUUUGGCGGUCGGAUGGUCCGGGACGGUCGCCGAGGCUCCGAGCUGUGGUGCGGUCGGCAUUCUCGCAGGUGCCAGAGAAGCCGCUAGGACUCUACGAUCCUUCAUUCGAUAAGGAUUCGUGUGGUGUCGGUUUUGUCGCAGAAUUGUCCGGCGAAAGCAGCCGGAAAACGGUGACGGAUGCAGUGGAGAUGCUGAUACGAAUGACACACAGAGGUGCUUGUGGCUGUGAAACCAAUACUGGUGACGGAGCUGGCAUUCUUGUAGCUCUUCCUCACGAGUUCUACAAGGAGGUUGCCAAGGAUGUUGGGUUUGAGCUACCACCCCCUGGGCAAUAUGCUGUUGGCAUGUUCUUCUUGCCCACAUCUGAGAACCGACGGGACGAAAGCAAGAUUGUAUUUACAAAGGUCGCAGAGUCACUUGGGCACACUGUUCUUGGGUGGCGUCGUGUCCCAACUAAUAAUACAGGGUUGGGUAAGUCUGCUCUGCAGACUGAACCUGUUAUUGAGCAAGUGUUCCUUACGCCCACUCCUAGGUCAAAAGCUGAUUUAGAGCAACAGAUGUACAUACUAAGGAGGAUCUCAAUGGUUGCCAUUCGGGCUGCAUUGAACCUCCAAUAUGGUGGUGUUAGGGACUUCUAUAUAUGCUCUCUGUCCUCUAGGACUGUUGUGUACAAGGGUCAGUUGAAGCCCAAUCAAUUGAAGGAAUACUACUAUGCAGAUCUUGGCAAUGAAAGGUUUACGAGCUACAUGGCCCUGAUACAUUCCCGGUUCUCUACAAACACAUUUCCUAGCUGGGAUCGUGCACAACCUAUGCGUGUCUUAGGUCAUAAUGGGGAAAUUAACACACUUCGAGGCAAUGUAAACUGGAUGAAAGCACGUGAGGGUUUGUUAAAGUGCAAGGAGCUUGGACUAUCAAAAAAUGAAAUGAAGAAGCUUCUACCCAUUGUUGAUGCCAGUUCCUCGGAUUCAGGAGCUUUUGAUGGUGUCCUUGAACUUCUGGUUCGGGCUGGUAGAAGUCUUCCUGAGGCCAUGAUGAUGAUGAUCCCUGAAGCCUGGCAAAAUGACAAGAAUAUGGAUCCUCAGCGGAAAGCCUUGUAUGAAUUUUUCUCUGCUCUUAUGGAGCCAUGGGAUGGGCCCGCUCUUAUAUCAUUUACUGAUGGUCACUAUCUUGGAGCUACAUUGGAUCGCAAUGGAUUGCGUCCAGGCCGCUUUUAUGUUACACACAGUGGACGUGUUAUAAUGGCAAGUGAGGUUGGCGUUGUUGACAUUCCACCUGAGGAUGUAUGCAGGAAAGGAAGACUGAACCCUGGCAUGAUGCUUCUGGUGGAUUUUGAGAAACAUAUUGUUGUUGAUGAUGAAGCCUUGAAGCAGCAGUAUUCACUGGCGAGGCCUUAUGGCGAAUGGCUCAAAAGGCAAAAGCUAGAACUAAAAGACAUAGUUGAGUCUGUUCAAGAAUCUGGCAGGGUUCCCCCAGCCAUUGCAGGAGUGGUCCCAGAAACUGGUCUGGAGGAUAACAUGAAAAAUAUGGGCAUUCAUGGUUUGUUGUCUCCAUUGAAGGCUUUUGGUUACACUGUCGAAGCAUUGGAGAUGUUGUUGCUUCCCAUGGCAAAAGAUGGUACUGAGGCCCUUGGUUCAAUGGGAAAUGAUACUCCCUUGGCUGUGAUGUCAAACAGAGAGAAACUCACAUUUGAGUAUUUCAAGCAGAUGUUUGCUCAAGUCACAAACCCACCUAUUGAUCCUAUACGAGAGAAGAUAGUUACAUCCAUGGAAUGCAUGAUUGGUCCAGAAGGUGACCUCACAGAAACCACUGAAGAACAAUGUCAUCGUCUUUCUCUAAAAGGUCCUCUUCUAUCCAUUGGAGAAAUGGAAGCAAUCAAGAAGAUGAACUAUAGAGAUUGGCGCAGCAAAGUUCUUGAUAUCACUUACUCAAAAGACUGCGGCAGGAAGGGUUUGGAGGAGACAUUGGAUAGGAUCUGUUCAGAAGCACAUGAUGCUAUUAAGGAGGGAUAUACAUUACUUGUGCUUUCCGACAGAGCCUUCUCAUCAAAGCGUGUUGCUGUAAGCUCUCUCUUGGCUGUUGGUGCUGUCCAUCAUCAUUUAGUUAAGAAACUUGAGCGCACAAGAAUUGGGCUCAUAGUUGAAUCUGCUGAGCCUCGUGAAGUGCACCAUUUCUGUACCCUAGUUGGCUUUGGCGCGGAUGCUAUAUGUCCAUACUUGGCCAUAGAGGCCAUCUGGAGACUGCAGGUCGAUGGAAAGAUCCCUCCUAAACCAACUGGUGAAUUCCACUCCAAGGAUGAGCUAGUCAAGAAGUACUUCAAAGCAAGCAACUACGGGAUGAUGAAGGUUCUUGCCAAAAUGGGGAUAUCUACUUUAGCCUCAUAUAAAGGUGCUCAGAUAUUUGAAGCUUUGGGUCUUUCAUCUGAAGUGAUCCAGAGGUGUUUCACAGGUACUCCAAGCAGAGUUGAGGGUGCAACAUUUGAAACGCUUGCUCAUGAUGCCCUUUAUUUGCAUGAUAUGGCAUUCCCCCCUCGUGUUUUUGCUCCUGGGAGUGCUGAAGCAGUAGCAUUGCCUAAUCCUGGAGAUUAUCAUUGGAGGAAGGGUGGUGAAAUUCACCUUAAUGAUCCUCUUGCUAUUGCAAAGCUGCAAGAGGCUGCCAGAGCUAAUAGUGUGGCUGCCUAUAAAGAAUACUCCAAGAGGAUAAAUGAAUUGAAUAAAACAUGCAAUUUGAGGGGGCUUUUGAAAUUUAAAGAAGCAGAAGUUAAGAUUCCUUUGGAUGAAGUUGAACCAGCCAGUGAGAUUGUGAAACGAUUCUGUACUGGGGCAAUGAGUUAUGGCUCAAUAUCAUUGGAGGCGCACACCACUCUAGCUGUUGCUAUGAACAAAAUUGGAGGCAAAUCAAACACAGGUGAGGGAGGUGAGAACCCAUCUCGAUUGGAGCCUCUUCCAGACGGUUCAAUGAAUUCAAAGAGGAGUGCAAUUAAGCAGGUUGCAAGUGGGAGAUUUGGAGUUUCAAGUUAUUACCUGACAAAUGCUGAUGAAUUACAGAUAAAAAUGGCUCAGGGUGCCAAACCAGGUGAAGGAGGUGAACUUCCUGGCCACAAGGUCAUUGGAGAUAUUGCAGUUACCAGGCAUUCCACUGCUGGGGUUGGACUCAUUAGCCCCCCUCCCCAUCAUGAUAUCUAUUCAAUUGAGGAUCUUGCCCAACUAAUCCACGAUCUUAAGAACUCCAACCCAUCAGCUCGAGUAAGUGUGAAGUUGGUAUCUGAAGCUGGUGUGGGAGUAAUAGCCAGUGGGGUUGUGAAGGGGCACGCUGACCAUGUUUUGAUCUCUGGUCACGAUGGAGGAACUGGGGCUUCUAGAUGGACUGGUAUAAAAAAUGCUGGGCUUCCAUGGGAACUUGGUUUGGCUGAGACACACCAAACUCUGGUUGCUAAUGACCUUCGUGGCAGAACAGUUCUCCAGACAGAUGGACAACUGAAAACUGGAAGAGAUGUGGCAAUUGCUGCACUCCUUGGUGCAGAAGAGUUUGGGUUCAGCACUGCUCCUCUGAUAACUCUUGGCUGCAUCAUGAUGCGGAAGUGCCACAAAAACACCUGUCCUGUUGGCAUUGCUACCCAAGAUCCAGUUCUUAGAGAAAAGUUUGCUGGGGAACCUGAACACGUCAUAAAUUUUUUCUUCAUGCUAGCAGAGGAGCUCAGGGAGAUUAUGUCUCGGCUUGGUUUCCGAACAAUCAAUGAGAUGGUUGGUCAUUCAGAUAUGCUUGAAGUUGAUAAAGAAGUGAUCAAGAACAAUGAGAAGCUGGAGAAUAUUGAUCUAUCCCUUUUACUUAGACCUGCUGCUGACAUUAGGCCUGAGGCUGCUCAGUAUUGUAUUCAGAAACAGGACCAUGGCUUGGACAUGGCUUUGGACCAAAAUCUUGUAUCUUUGUCCAAAGCAGCUUUGGAGAAAGGUCUUCCUGUGUACAUUGAAACACCUAUCCGCAAUGUAAAUCGUGCAGUUGGCACAAUGCUUAGUCAUGAAGUGACUAAGCGCUACCACCUGGCAGGGCUUCCUACUGAUACUAUUCAUAUUAAACUCACUGGUAGCGCAGGUCAAAGUUUUGGAGCUUUUCUCUGCCCUGGAAUCAUGCUGGAGCUUGAAGGUGACAGCAAUGACUAUGUUGGCAAAGGAUUAUCAGGUGGCAAGAUUGUAGUUUAUCCUCCAAAAGGUAGCAAGUUUGAUCCAAAGGAAAAUAUUGUGAUUGGUAAUGUAGCUUUGUAUGGGGCAACAUGUGGGGAAGCAUAUUUCAAUGGGAUGGCUGCAGAAAGAUUCUGUGUUCGUAAUUCAGGGGCAAGGGCAGUUGUUGAAGGUGUUGGUGAUCAUGGGUGUGAGUACAUGACUGGUGGGAUUGUUGUUGUGCUUGGGAAAACUGGGAGAAAUUUUGCUGCAGGCAUGAGUGGUGGUAUUGCGUAUGUUCUUGAUGUGGAUGAGAAGUUCAGGUCCCGAUGCAAUCCUGAGCUGGUGGAUCUUGAUAAAGUAGAAGAAGAGGAGGAUAUUAUGACACUUAAAAUGAUGAUACAACAACAUCAGCGUCACACAAACAGCCAGCUAGCCAAAGAAGUUCUGGCUGACUUUAAAAAUCUUGUACCUAAAUUCAUUAAGGUCAUUCCUAGGGAUUAUAAACGGGUUCUUGCAAGCAUGAAAACUGAGCAAGCCUCUAGAGAAACCGCACAACAGGCUACUGAAGGCGCUGAGGAGCAAGAAGAAGUAGAGUUAACAGAAAAAGAUGCUUUUGAAGAGCUUAAGAAGUUAGCGGCUGCAUCUUUGAAUGAGAAAGCUAGUCAGGUUGUAGAAGAGGCUGAACAAUUGAAGAGACCUACCAGGGUAAUUGAUGCUGUUAAACAUCGAGGGUUCAUAGCUUAUGAGCGUGAAGGUGUUGCAUACAGAGAUCCUAAUGUUCGUAUGAAUGACUGGAAGGAGGUUAUGGAGGAGUCAAAGCCAGGCCCGCUUUUGAAGACUCAAUCUGCCCGUUGCAUGGACUGUGGUACUCCCUUCUGUCACCAGGAGAACUCUGGAUGCCCACUUGGCAACAAAAUACCUGAAUUCAAUGAGUUGGUUUACCAGAAUAGGUGGCGUGAAGCAUUAGAUCGGCUUCUAGAGACUAACAACUUCCCAGAAUUCACUGGCCGAGUCUGCCCUGCUCCUUGUGAAGGAUCUUGUGUUCUAGGAAUUAUUGAGAAUCCUGUAUCUAUUAAAAGCAUUGAAUGCUCCAUCAUAGACAAAGCUUUUGAAGAAGGGUGGAUGGUGCCUCGUCCUCCCCUCAAGAGAACUGGGAAACGAGUUGCCAUUGUUGGAAGUGGACCAGCUGGCUUGGCAGCUGCUGAUCAGCUGAAUAGAAUGGGCCAUUUUGUCACGGUGUUUGAGCGUGCCGACCGAAUUGGUGGGCUUAUGAUGUACGGAGUUCCCAACAUGAAGGCUGACAAAGUGCAUGUAGUCCAACGACGGGUUAACCUUAUGGCUGAGGAAGGAGUCAAUUUCGUAGUUAAUGCUAAUGUUGGAAAGGACCCCUUGUACUCCCUCGAUCGUCUUCGAGAAGAGAAUGAUGCCAUCGUGUUGGCAGUAGGAUCCACAAAGCCGAGGGACCUUCCUGUUCCAGGACGGGAGCUGUCGGGGAUCCACUUUGCCAUGGAGUUUCUUCAUGGAAACACUAAAAGCUUGCUUGACAGCAAUCUCCAGGAUGGUAACUACAUAUCAGCCAAGGGCAAGAAAGUAGUAGUCAUUGGUGGGGGCGACACCGGCACUGAUUGCAUAGGGACCUCUAUCCGACAUGGUUGCAGUAGCAUUAUAAAUUUAGAGCUUCUUCCUGAGCCACCACUGACCAGGGCGCCUGGCAAUCCUUGGCCACAGUGGCCUCGCAUAUUCCGUGUGGAUUAUGGUCACCAAGAAGCUGCUGCUAAGUAUGGCAAUGACCCGAGAUCUUAUGAGGUCCUGACUAAACGAUUCAUUGGUGAUGAGAAUGGAGUUGUCAAAGGGCUUGAUGUGGUGCGUGUCCAUUGGGAGAAGGAUGCUGGCGGGAAGUUUCAGUUCAAAGAAGUUGAGGGCUCUGAGGAGACAAUUGAGGCUGACCUCAUUCUAUUAGCCAUGGGAUUCCUUGGCCCUGAGGUGACUAUUGCAGAAAAACUGGGCUUGGAGAGAGACAACCGAUCAAACUUCAAGGCAGAGUACGGUCGCUUCUCGACGAGCAUAGAAGGGAUAUUUGCUGCAGGAGAUUGUCGCCGUGGCCAGUCUCUGGUGGUAUGGGCCAUUUCAGAGGGCAGGCAAGCAGCAUCGCAGGUGGACAGAUACCUCCUGAGGGAAAAGGAGGACCUCACCAUUAGCCCAGGGAGCCAAGAAGACCUAAUCAAGAGGCAGUACAAAAGCAACCAAUACACAGUAAUAACGUAGGUGAUCUUGUUUUACCAUUGCACAUGACCUAAAAGAAAACAUAGGCGCAUGGGUUCCCGAAUUGAUUUAUUUCAUGGAUAUGAUCGUUGGGCAAAAGCUCCCACUCAAGGGGUCGUGGAGUUGAGGAGGAUUCGGAAGGUGAACUGGGAACUCGGCAUAUAGGGGACUGGGUGUAGGUAUUCUGGUGUUUUAUUGUUUUUGUCAUUUUGCUUAUAGCGUUUUCCCCGCCCAAUAAAUUGUGCUUGAAGGUUUGGCUCUUCCAUGGUGUACAGUUUAGUUUAGUUUUUGUUUUGUUUUGUUUUUUUUUUGUUUUGUUUCUUGUUCAUUUCUUGAAAUGGAAUGUUGGCUAUAUAGAAUAUAAUACAAAUUGAUGAAUUUGGGAGUA